CCCCGGCGGCGGGAGCAGGGCAGGGGUGUUCAUCUCGGUGGGGCCACACUGACCAUGCUCAGGAGUUUCUGUCUCCAGCUCAUGUCCUUGAUUUGGAUCCUCUUGGCCCAUCACCAGCUUGUACAAGGAGAUGACUGCAGUGAGCGCUGCAAUCUCGCCCACGGCUGCUGUGACCAGGAUGGGAAGUGCAGGUGCGAUCCAGGCUGGGAGGGGGAGUACUGCGAGGAGUGUGUGCGUAUGCCGGGCUGUCUUCACGGGACGUGCCACCAACCCUGGCAGUGCAUCUGUCACACCGGCUGGGCCGGCAAGUUCUGUGACAAAGACAUACACAUCUGUGAACACCAGUCCCCCUGCCAGAACGGGGCACAGUGCAUCUAUGAUCGAGAUGGGGAGUACUCCUGCUUGUGUCCAGAAGGUUUCCAUGGGAAGGACUGUGAGAUGAAGACAGGGCCAUGUGAGAAGGCAGGGUCUCCAUGCAAGAAUGGUGGGCAAUGUCAAGAUGAAAAUGGCUUUGCCAAUAACUUCACCUGCCGGUGUCUCGCUGGCUUUGUGGGGGCUCUCUGUGAGCACGAUGUGGACGACUGCCUGAUGCGCCCCUGUGCCAACGGGGCCACCUGCCACGAUGGUGUCAACCGCUUCUCCUGCCAGUGCCAGGUGGGCUUUGAAGGGCGUUUCUGCACCAUCAACAUCAAUGACUGCGCCAGCCAGCCGUGCAAAAAUGGGGCAAAGUGCUAUGACCGCAUCAAUGACUAUGACUGCUUGUGUCCUGACCGUUUCACUGGCAAAACCUGUGAGAUCUCUGUCCCUGAGCCCACCUGGUCUCCUCCCUACCACCCUGCAAACCAUGAGAAUGCUGGAGGUGUGAAAAGCACCACUGGUGAGAUGCUGGGGGUGACGCAGCCAGAGCCCAUCAGGACUGUGGUCACAGGGCGGCGUGUGGCCAACCACAGUGAGAAAGAGCCGGGGGGAGGGUUGUUGAAAAUCUCUGUGAAGGAGGUGGUGACCCAAAGGGACUCAGGGCUGAGUGAAGCCCAGCUGGUGACAGUACUGGUGUUCGGGGUGUUGACAGCAGUGCUGGUCCUCAUCACUGUCCUGCUAAUGCUGAGGAACUGGCAGAGAGGCCGUCAAAGGUCGAACUGGUGCCAAAGCCCUUCUCAGGCUGCAAGAAAGCUCCAAGACCAGGAGUGUCAGGUGGGCAUGCUCAACACCAUCUUGAUUGAGCCAAGGAAGACCACAGAGCUGUGA